UCCCAGCCUUCGUGCAGCGGGACGUGGUGCGCUGUUUGGGGCCCUUGCUGAUGGAUCCCAGUUUAGCUGUGAGGGAGACAGCUGCAGGUGCUCUCCGAAAUCUGAGUGCUUGUGGAGGAUUUGAUGUCUGUGAUGACAUGGUGACAAACGACGUCAUGACACCCCUGGUUGUACUUUUGAAAGAGUGCAGCACUGGACUGGAUGCUAACCAGCUCUCUCCAAAGAAAUGCAAAGGGAUGAACAAAAAUUAUAUUGAAGACAUAGCCAAUGAGGCUAUUAAUUUGCUGUGGAAUAUAUGUGAAUGCAACAAUACUGCCCUAUGCAUAUUCAAUAAAGAAGGAUGUCUGGAGGCUGUGUUACAUUACAUGAAGAAAUUUGCCACAAAUGUGGAUCUGGCUAUUUCAGUAGCAAACUGCUUGCAGGCAGUGACAGAAGAUAAUCCAGAUCUUCUUUCUUCAUUUAAUGCUUCUGCACAACAAAUACUGGAAACAGUGAUGCUGAGUCCAGAGAGCAGCAUGAAGCACCUCCUUCUGAGAACACUGAUAGCAGGCACUAUCUGGAAUAUAAAGGAUACCAUUCCACCAGGCAGCCUGGGAAGCACAGUUAAUGCAAUCCUGAAGAUAUUUUCAGAAUCGUUGGCAAUUGACGCUGGUGAAACAAUUAUUCGUAUGAAUGAAGCUGAAAAAAACAGGUUAAAACUUGCUGUGGAAGCAGAAACUGAGGAAAACAUGAGUGAUACUACAGAAAACUGUGUUUUGUGUGAAGAUGAUAACAUGGAAGAAAUACCAAAAGGAAAACUCAGAAGAGAAAAUGACAUUUCAGAUUUACUUCCAUCUGAUAAGUGGGAACUGAAAGAAGUGACAGCUUUACUGACGGCUCAGCAGACUGCUCUGGAAAUCAUUGUUAAUAUGUGCUGCAGCGAAGAUCCCUCCGAUGAUGAGUGGGAAGAACUCUCCAGCAGUGAUGAGAGUGACUUGUUCAUGGAAAACUCAUACAACGAGGGGAGUGGGCUGCUGCUGUCACCCCUGUGCCUCUCUGAUGAAGUUAAUUCAGCAUUUCUGAACAACCUCAUUCCAAAGAAGAUUCUUGAAAAAACUGCUUUUCCGAACAGUGUUGCUCUAGACAUCUGUACGCACAAUCCGUCUUGGAAACCAUUAAUUAAAAAACUGAAUGCAGUGCAGUGUCGAGCUUUAACGUGUCUUCAGAGCAUUUUGUUGGUGUCAGAUGUGGAUUGUCUUGGGGGAGCUUCAGCACUUCAGUCCCUUGCACAGCAUCUCUCACAGCUGAUCUUUUCUAAAACAGAACUCCCUACAGACACAGAAUUCCUGGAAGCUAUAACCAGUGCUUUGAGGGCUCUCCUGCAAACAAUGGCAUCAAAGAACAUCUCCCAGUGUAUGACUCCUGAGCAGCUCCUGGCUUUAUGUGAGGCUGGUAUUCAAAGCAACAAUGCCAGUGUUAGAGUGAACGUGGUGAGCAUCCUUGGAAUUUCUGGCAGUGUCCUGGCAAAAGGACAAGAUACAGCUGAAACACUGAAGAUGAUUGGAAAAUUUCUUCUUGAGGUUGCUAUGAAGGAGUCUUCUCUUGUGGUAGCAGGGGAAGCCUUGGAUGCACUUUUUGAUGUAUUUGCAGAUGGUGAAGAAGCAGAAAGGGCAGCAUUACAGAUCAAGUUGCUUCCAACACUGAAGGAAUUUCAGCCAGUGUUCAGAAUGCGGAUGCGAAAAGAAGGCAAAGGACAAUAUAGUACAGAUCAACUGUGUGUUCUUGACAAUGUGAAAAUGAAUUUGAGAAGAUUCAUUGCAUAUCAGGAGACACUAGGGAAAACCCCAACUUGAAACACCGAGGAACUUUUAAGGACUUUCCCCUGCUGCAAAAUGUGCCUCUUGUCCUUUGACUGCACACGACCAAGAAGAGCCUGGCUCCAUCUCCUAACCCCCACUUGGCAGCUGAAAACACCAAUUGUAUUUCCCUCUUCUCCAAGCCAAAUAAACCCAGCUCUCUCAGCUGUUCCUUAUAUGCCCUCUCACCCUCCAGCCAUCUUAGUGGCCUUCUGCUUGACCUGCUCUACUGUGUCUUGUACUGAGGGCCCAAAACUGGACACACUGCUCCACAUGUGAUCUCUUAGGUGCUGAAUAGAGGCAAGUAAUUGGUUUUCUUGUCCUGCUGGCCAUGCUCCUGCCAGCACAGCCUGUUAUUUAUUAGCUGUUGUCACUGCAAGGGUGCCCUGCUGCCUUCAACUUACUGUCCACCAGGACCCUUUGGUUGUUCUUUCCAAAGCUGUCCUUUGGUCAUUCAGUCAAGAGCACUGUCCCAAAUGUAGGAUUUUGCAUUUUACAAGUGUAGCAGCCAGAAUCUGUUUCCUGGGACCAUUAGAAAACCAAAGUAUGUUAUUUUUUGUUUUGGGUUUUUCUUCUAGGUUGAUAAUUACAAGAAACAUUUAAUCUACAAAUACAAAUCUGGAAGUUGCAGAUAAAUAUACAGAAGAUAGGACAUCCACUAGAAAAAUGGUUUUCUUAAUUUAAUCAAUUAGACCCUAUUUUUUUUCCUUCAACUGAAAAAACAGACUGACAUUAAGAACUUAAACUAUUCUGGCAAUAGGAAGGCACAGAUUUUUUUUUUUUUUUUUUUUUUUUGCUGUGCACUGAUCAGCUGAAUGUCUUGAAAAAAUAUUUUUACAAUGAGAUUGGUGCAUAGUACAAACCAUAUCACUUAAAGAGGAAUAUUAAUACAUCUAUGGAAGACAAAGCAAGUUAUGAGUAAUUUAAAGAAGCAUCAAAUCAGGGACUAAAACCAGAUGAGAUGCGCAGGCACAGAAGAGCUAAGCUACAAGAUUGAUGCUACAAAAGUUGUUCUGACACAACUAAGGAAAAUCAAGUCAGCAGCAGAAGUGAUGAUAAUGUGCAAAUGAAAUGUUUUGGGGCCUCUCUGAACACUGGUUUAUUUAAUAGGUGUAGGGUAAGCUUCAGACAAAGACAAGAUCCUUUACAGCCUACAGAGGGGAAGACUGAUCUUGAUGGCAGAAAUUGGACUGAUGUAGACAGUGUGUAGCAUAAGUAAAUAGAUACUAAAUAUAUGUAAGUGAUCUUUGUCAAUUCAUCUAAUCACACAGAUAAGACUGGUAUCAAAAUAGGUAUCUGAAUUGGGUUGCUUAUUCUGGUCCUUAAGGCAUCAUCUGUCUGCUUCAGUUAGCCACAGUCCUUGGAAAGUAUGGAUUGCUGCUGUACUUGUGUCCCUGCCUGAUGCUGAGCACAACAGACUGGCUCUGAGCUGAGCUGUAAUACCAAAACAGGUGCUAGGUUUACCUUGCUGUGGUACCAAGUAGAGUCUGAAGGAGGCUGUGGGUCCCUGCCCUGUCCAGAAGCAGCAAGACCACUGACAUUUUCUGCUUCCUGCAAAAUGUUGAAUUCCCAGCUGUGGAAAUAAGGAAUUACCACUUGUGUGUGGUUUUGUUCUUGCUCUCUAUGAAAAGAAACAAGUAGCAGGAUUUAAAUGUGUAUUUGUAGUUUAUUGGCUACCCUGGACCGAGUCCCUCCUGCAGGGUAACCCUCAGUUGGCUGUCAAUGGGUGCCUGGAUAGCGUAAUUAAAAUCCCCACCAGGAAGACGGAAGGACUCUUGAGCUGCUGGAAUCCGAGCGGGUUUAUUGAGGACUGAUCGAAGGAGUAGGGAGGCAGAAAUAGGAGCAGGGAGACAACCACCGAGGCAGACUUGGAAAAGCCCCGGAGAUGGAGGGGCCAGAGUCUAUAACUGGGGGGGAAAGGAGCAACUAGGGUACAAAUGACCCAAUGGGAAGAGGGUGUAAGGGAUGGGGUAACACACACUGGGCCAAUGAGGGAAAAGGGAAGGAGUGGUUUACAGAGGGAACCCUUAGAAACAACGAGAACGGGGAACUUUCCAGAACUUGGGGAGAUGACAACCAUAAACUGACAGGUGAUGGGCAUGUGCUUAUUUGCAUUGGGGGGCAGAGGACUCUGGGGAAAUGCCUUAUGCUAAAUGACUGUAGCUUCCCAUGGCAUUCCCACACUGUCCUCCCCAUGGGCUCAUCCCACAUGUUUAUGCAUCAUGCCUUGACAUUCAGAAGCAGAAGGUGGCUGUAUACCACUGUUAGUCAAUAGUUUAACUUUUUGGGGGUUAUGGUGUGUGUUGAAGGUAAUUUUUUGCACAGUAUGGACUUUUUUUUUUUUUUUUUUUGAAGAUUGUCUUCCGAAAGGAACAGGAGUAACUUCAACCAGUAGUACUUGGCUUGGUUUGAUGUUUGCAUUUUGAGAGACAAAUAUGAAAAAAAAAAUGAAAGCACAGUAAAAUUACAAAAUGAGAACUGCAUGGGAAAGCUAAUAAAAUUAGUUUGUAGUUUGAGUAUUAUAAAUUAAAUUAAUACCUUGUGGAAUAUUAACAUAAAACAACCAACCAAAAAUGCCCAUAAACUCAAGUUCUGUUUCCUCAGUGAGGGAUUUUCAAUAAAAACAUUCCUGAGGAUUGGAUGGAAUAGUCUAGCCUUACAUUUACUGUUGCAAAUUCCAAUUCAGGCAAUGGUAGUGGUAAUUGAAAAUAAUGUAAUUGUUCCUUUCUGGCACAAGUGACUUGAGCAAACUGUCUAUAUAUUGUUUGUUCUGGACAAGCUGUUAAGAUAUAUAAUUUUAGGAUAAUUGGCAAAAUCUGAGGUCUCUGAUAGACAGCAGAUUAAGGAACUUGAAGUUUUUCCACCACGGCUGACACAUGGUGAGCCUUUCUGUUUGAAGAAGCUUUUAUUUGAGUGGUGGCAGUUUUUUCGGUCUAAUUUUCAGAUAAUUUGAAACUGUUAAUUUUUGUACGUUCUAGGAAAAAAAUUGAAGGCAUUUAAGUAAAUUCACUUAAAUUUCAUUUUGUUUCUGUAUAAUUAUUGUAAGUUUCUUCUGUCAGAGGCAUUUUGUCAAACAUACAGACAUAAUUCGGUGACCACAUAAAGCCUAGUUUGAGGCUUGCACACAUGAGGAUAUAGGAACAUGCUUUUUUCUUUUGAAUCUGGGUGUCAGGAGCUCCUGGCAUUACUGUUACAUGAUGGGUUUUAAUCAAACUAUUUGGGAGCUGAAGUAAGGUCCCACAGUAAUAAUCUGUAUGCUGUUGGCUGUGUGUUCUCAGCACAGUGAGGGUCCUGAUGCAGCCCUGGCAUUGCAAGGUGCUCACCUAAAUCCCUGCACCAUGCUGAAAGAUGCGUUGGGCUUUCAGUAAAGCUUCUUCUGGUUUUGUGUUCCUGCUAUGAUAAAAAUCCCAUUUAGAAUUGUUUUCUUUCUCCACUGACGUGUGAAUUUUUUUUCAACUUUUAAGGAAUAUUGCAUUAGUCUGUUCCCUCCUCUCUGCCCCUUCAAAUGGAGAGUGAAAAGCACUUCCAGAACUUCAUGGAAGAAUGGCUGAUUCAGCUAGUGAAUGCAUGAUGUUUCCAGAUAACCUUUCCUGGGAAGUUCCAUUUUUAGUAAAUAAAAGAGUUAAAAUUCAAAGCAGUGAUAAAAAAAAAAAAAACCCAAUUUGACCAUAUUAAAGUGUGGGUUUUGUUUUUUAUGCCCUUCAUGGCAUACUUGCUAAUCUAAAGUGUUUGUGUUAUUACACCACCUGUAUUGCGUCUUGGCUAUAUUUGCUUGGGACUAGGGUUGCUACUGAGGAAUCCUGUAAACUAAUAAACCUCAGACCUAUAACAAAACUUGUUGACAUUUAUCUGCUAUGGGUGUAAACUAAAUCAUGGGUUUUUGCAGAAUUAGCUUUAUUUAAAAAGAAAAGGAAACAAAUCAGUUAUUUUUCCUGUUGCUGUUACCUUCUUAAGGGUAAUGUAAAAUCUUUUAUUUGACUUACACUUUUCUUUGUUGCAUUUUUUAAAAAGUUUGUUAAUUGAAACUUUUUUAUUUGAAUUUUUUAUGUGCAGGGAAUAUCGUUUAGACUCUUCUUGUUACCUUUUCCCGCUACGCUUAUAAUUCUCAGAAUAACUGAAGAAUGUGGGGUUUGGAAGAUAGGGUUAUUCAUAGUGGUUAUUUUCCAAUUCCAAGACGUGUUCAAGUCCCACCAGUUUCCAUUUGGCUCUCACUAGUAGUUUUAGGUGCAGGUCCUAAUUUUCAAAGCAAUUAAGUUUGUCAACACUACCCCCAACUUUAAGUCUCUUGCUGUGGUUCAUUUAAUCUUGGGCAAUGCAGAUCAGACACACUGUGACAUAACAGAGUGCUGAGGACAGUAUGUUCUGCUCUGGGAUGGUGGGGAGAAGCCAGAACUUCAGUCUUUGAUUGUCACCAGGAAAUGGUGCUAAGUCUUUGCAAACUGUUCCCUUCACAGAACGCUUGAAGUUGGAAUGUGACUUUUUAAUUCUAAACCCUCCACCUCCAGCUUCCUAAAGAGAAAUCAUCUCCCAUGCAAUUCUGCAAGUGAGGGAAGCACCAGGCCCUUCGUGCAAAACACUGGAAACUUUGUAGCUGAUAUUAAAGAUGUUUUAAGGCUGUAGUAUGAAAACACUAAAAAUAAAACCGAGUCUGACAAGAA